CCUCACAGCUCCAAUGAUCUGGGUUCUAGGAAAUAAUUUCCCGCCGCGCGCUCGGCGUUCCCGGAAGCAGUUUAGCAGUUCCGGGUGGUUGUUAAUGACGCUCUCGAGCGGUCGCCAGGGCUGUCUGAGAAGUGGACUACUUGGUCCUGGCCAGCGCGUCUGGCCCUUGCAGGGUCCACGCCGCGGAGAUCGAAUGGAUGCAUUACAGGAAUAUUCCCAUAAUUCAUUUGACCUGCAGUGUCUGUUAAAUUCAUUUCCUGGAGAUUUGGAGUUUAAGCAGAUCUUCAGUGACAUUGGAGAACAGAUGGAGCAAAAUGCUGCAAGUAUAAAACAUUGCAUUGAAGAAAUACAGUCUGAAGUGAACAAGCUCUGUCCAGAUGUGCAGCUGCAAACAACAAGUGACUGCUUCAAAUGGCUAACUAGCUAUAAUUAUAAUUUAUCUAAGUCACCAUCCAUUCCCCAUGGAGAUUUGAUAAACUUCCUCAAAAAAAUGCAAGACUUAUUGAAUAAUGAAGAAAACCAUGAAGAAAUGAUUCUGGAUUUACUGUGGGACCUCUCCUGUCAAGGCAGCAUCUCCUUCCCGUGCUCACUGGGUGGGACAACCUUCUGUCACCUCUCCAGGACUUCUCUACAUUCUGUCGAAGAUUUCUCCUCUGUGGAUAUAAAGUCUGUUUGGGAUGAUGUAAGACUACAUCUUCGACGGUUCUUGGUGAACAGGUUAGAAAAAUAUAAUGAGAUAAACAAUUCACAGCAAAAAAUUGAACUGAAAAAUCGAUGUAUGAAGCAAUUCCUCCUGCUCUACUCAGAAUCAGAAGUGCUUGUCAAGUACCAGAGUGUCCAGAGGCGACUGUUGGAUACAUCUCUGCAGGACUCCUUCCCUUCCUGCAGUGGAGAAGCAGAUUUAGAAAGAAUCGUGUGUGGAUACCAAAGUACAAUGCUCACGUUAUAUUCACUGAUAAAAGAGGAUUUUCAUGUACUAUGUGAAAUCUUAUCUCCAUCAUCAGUGGUGCAGUUCAUUAAUGAAACUUACCUGGAUACAGUUACAGAAGAAAUGACAAAAAUUCUUGAAACUUUUGGUGAGCUGCAGUUCAAAGAAAAUGCUGUUCCUGCAGUUAAAACAAGCAAGAGCUGCAGCAGGCACAGAGGAGCAGUGCGUGCUUUGGUCAGCCCUGCAUGCUCACAGAAGGAAAGACACCCAUCUCUAUCCUUAGAAGAACUCAGAUUCUUAUCACAGAUAACAGAGUCCUUUGUGAAGCUGGAAAACAACGUUCGGGAGCUGUUUGAAGAAACGCUUUCAUUGCUUAAGAUGCCCAGGUGUUCUCCAGGAAUACUGGAGAAAUCUAAUAGGGCAGUCAUGGUAGAGAAGAAUAUAGCAAAUGAAAACAAUACUCCAGCAGAGCCAUUAUUACCAGUAAAAGAGGCUACUUUAUUAGAGUUUGGCUGGAGAAAUGCAUUUAAAGAAGUAUCUCUUGCCAUAGCACAUUGCAUAUCCACAGCCAUUGAAGAUUUUUCCACCCAAGUUCUCCAACAGGAACAAACUGAAAGGACCUCAUCUGCGAACUACACUAUAAACCUUGUAAAUGUCCCACAAGUUUGGCCAGAAGGUCACAUAUUUCCAGGGGAGGAACAACCAAAGAGAGUGGCCAAGUUUUGUUCUGACAUCAUGGAAAAGCUUGAUACAAUGCUUCCACUGGCUCUGGCAUGCCGAGAUGAUUCUCCUCAGGAAAUUAGAGGGAACCUGGUGGAGGCCUGCUGUAAAGUGGCAACAGCUGUCCUGGAAAGACUGCAGGAGCGAGGAAAGGAGGUUCCUUCCAGAGUGCCUCUGAAGAACCUGCACAUCAUCCUGUCCUCCGCAGCGUACAUCUUGCAACGGUUCACUCACUACGAUAAUCUGAUGAAGGAGACAACUAAGAAACCCAUAUUCCUGGUGCCUGUCCAGCGCUAUCAGGAAUUCAUCAACACUGUACAGUUUCAGGUUACGGACUACUGCGUCAGAGUUUGUGCUACAAGCAUUUUACAGGAUGCUGAGAGCCACCACUGGGAUGACUACAAAGCUUUUUAUGAGGGGGAAAGAUGUUCCUUCGCCAUCCAGAUGUGGCAUUACUUCAGCUGGGCUCUGCAUCAUGAUCUCUGGACCAUACUGCCUCCUAAGCUGGCCCAGGAGAUUCUAGCAGAGCUGCUGGAGAAAUCCUUGGGUCUCCUUGCCUCCAGAUAUGCUCAGACGCACCCCAGUCCUAAGAGAACUGCACAGAUAAGACUUGAUGUCACGGCAAUCUUAAUAUGCACUGAGAACAUGUUAUGGUCAAUUUGUACUUCUGGACAGGAAAUUUUGAAUCCUCAUAAAUAUAACAACCAUAAAAUUUUUAAAAUUCAUACUCACUGCAACAAUCUCUUUACAACAUUAGCAAUUUUGACAUCACCAUUAGCUGAAUUAUAUAAGACUUUUCAGCAUGGUGUGAGCAAAUCAGCUUCAAAUUCCUUACCUCCAUUGUUUAACCAGCCAUUGCACUGGAUUUCAUGUAUGUCACAGUUCUACCCUUCUCUCCUCUGGCCUCCAUCGGUGGGUGGACUGAGCACCCAGGGUCAGUUGAAACUGCUCCUAUCCCAGCCUUGCUGUAAGUGGAGCCUGCUCCUGGAGACCCUGCUUCAUGGUGGUGGCCUCAUACCGAGACUCCUGUUGAAAAGUUCAAAAGAAGUUGCUGGCAUGGAGAAUAAGCAGAAUGCAGGCGGCAGUGUGGUGUGCGCCAUCUUUGAAGUUCUGUACAGUUGUCACUUGUCCCCACAAACAUUUGGAAAUGUUUUUAUGAGCCACAUGGAAGAAGAACAGCUGUGGGACUUUUUAUUCAACAUUCCAGUCUCAGCGUUCACAGAGUCCCAGCCAGAAGUCAUCCGCUGUCUGAGACUGGCACUGAUGGACUCUGUCAAGGACACUGUGCAACAGAUAAUAUCCACGAUGAGAUGCUGGAGAAAUGGCGAGACAAACCUAAACAAGCCCCGUGUUCCUGAUCAUCUGCUUCAGAGCAUUCCACAAGAAUGGAAUUAUAUUCCAAGCGAUUCCAAAGGGAAAGAGUCCAAUAAAGGCUUCACGGAGCUUGCUGCGCAGGCAGUGUCUAUUGUCCUCAGCAAGUUACCUACGGUGAUUGCAUGCUUGCCUCCCACAAUUAAAUACUUCUUUUUUCUGUCUGAGAGAAAAAUGUCAAAAAACUUGGCUGAAUUGAAGAAAGCUGGCCUGCUUGUCUGGAACUUGAUUGUAAUUAUAUGUCGGAUAUUUGAGGAUGGGAACACCAUGGAACGUUUAACAGGUUCCUCCCUUGACAGAUGGAGUAAGGAGAAACUGGGUUUAAUUUGCUUGUGUUUGGAAAGUGUCCUGGGAGAGCGAAGCAGUCCUAGUCAGCUGCCCCAGAAGGUCAUCCUGAGCAUCCAGCAGCAAAAACCCAAUUGGAUAGAGCACCAGCUUCUGAAAGCAAGGACACUGAGCAUCCAAUGUGCGUUCUCGAUGGUGGAGGAAAGCUCAGGCUCAGAAGAUGCUUCUCCUGAACUGACUGAGCAGAAAACAAACGCGAUGGUCCUGGAUCUCUGCCACAAACCAGGUGGCAGCAAGUACCUGCAGCAAAUUUAUCACAUCAUGCAGCUCAAUGAGGAAUAUUUAAGAGAACAACUGUUCACUAUGAAUGGUUCAGAAGAGAAGCCAUUACCCAUCCGACCUUUGAAGGUGGCCUUGAGGACUGAAGAUCAGCCUCCUGCUUUUAACCCUUUCCAUGUGCAUAAGAUGUUCAGUGAAAGCAUGCUAGAUCAGGCGGUCACAGCGAUGUGGUGCUGGGACUGGUCAAACUUGCUGCCAAAUUAUCUAGGACUGAAUAAGAUGACCUUCGGUGCACUACUCAAAAACAGUCAUCCACACACAGUAUGCUAUAACCAUGGCAGUGUGCUCCUUCUCUCUCAGUUACAAGACAAAUCAUGGUAUUAUGACUAGCUGAGAGACAGAGUGGAGGCUACUGAUGAGGGGACUCAUACAGAUAACAGAAUGGAGGACUAUUGGGUUGAACACUUCCUCGAGUCUACAAUUGAGAACUUUGUGUAGAUGAAAAGGAAAGGGAAGAAAAGAAAAGAAAAGAAAAGAAAAGAAAAGAAAAGAAAAGAAAAGAAAAGAAAAGAAAAGAAAAGGUAAGAGAACUUGGCCCAGCCCUCUGCUUCCCUCAAUUGGCUUCUCUCAGUCUCUCAGUUCUGCUCCUCUAAGAUUAACUCAUGAUCAUCAUUAAGUCUUUCUCCUGUCCUCAGAGCUCUCACCCCCCCAACCCCCAUUGUCCAAAAUUCCAGGGCAUCUACAAAUGAAGUAAACCAUGUUAAUUUUCAGCAUGUGUCAUCCUGUGCCAUCCACUAAUAAUUUUGACACCUGUUCCCCCUGGGAUGAGGCACUCUCAUGUGCCUCCUGCUUGUGACUUGCAGUAUAAAGCUUGUUCUUAAGAAAAUGAAACCAGUUAGUUCAGGCUCAGGUUCCAGCCUAAAUGUGUUGUACUAGGAUGGCUUUCUUUCAGAACAUACCUUGUGAUAUUAUCUGAGGGAACAAAUACUUUUCAUAUAUUUAUUUUGAUGCAAAGCUUUAUUCUGGAUCAUGUUUUAAGUGAGAAAAAGGAUAAAUGUUGAGAUUCAGAAAAAUAUAUAAAAACAUAUAACAUUCAGUUUUUUCUAUAUAACAAAGCCUUUCUAAAGCUACAAUGAAAGGCUUUUAGUUUUCUGCUAUUGACUGGGAAGCUUGAGACUCAGUUCUUGUAAAAUGACUACUCAGGGCUAAUGAAUUAAACCUAACAAGAAACAAUCAGAAUCCUGAGGUGUGCCAUUCUGGCCAGAUGUGUAACGGCAUGAGUAACUGAGAAAAGGGUCUACUGUUUACCACCCAUGUGUCGAGAAAGCUUUCUUCUCAGUAUUUUACCCUUGCUGUAUGUAUCAGCCUCAGCCCAAAUCGAGAGAUAAAGAGCUACUUGUCCAUGUCAACAUGUCAAAUUGUAAAGGCUGGAGAAAACUUAGGAUUCCCUACAAGUAAGUUUGGAUAAAGGAAUCUAGAUACUUGAUAUUUUAUUGUUCAGGGGAAAGGUUUUCUGACAGACAUGAGAGGAGUACUAUAUAACCCACAAAAAUAGACCAGGUUGCUUUAAAAAGUUCUGUCCUGCUCUUCAGUGCAGCGGGAAGGACACUGGGAGAUGACGUGUGGCUGCUUGUUUGUGUACAAAUCUGACAGUCACUGGGCACAGCUGUAAACAGAAAAAUCAACAGUUCCUGCUCUCAUAAAGUUCAAAGUCGAACAUAGGUAAAUGUUUUUUAAAACCAAAGUAAUGGUUGUAGCUUUCAUAAGGGUUCAGCAAGUUUCUAUAGAACUACAACGAAAGGUUAUAGUAGAGGGAUGAUUCAGAUAAUGGAGAGGAAGUCAGAAAAUGUCAAAGAAGCUUGAUCAGUUCACCUUAUACAUGUUGUAUGUAGGUUCACAUCAGCACACUGUAGUAUUUUAGAAGGUUCUGGAAUGUUUGGGACAUGGCAUGUAGUAGGGAGAUGGAGAGCGCUAAGGGUCAAGCUUAAAGGGGAUACCUGCUUUUGGUAGUAACCUGAAAUUCCUAUUGUUUCUGUCAGGAUUGGAGGUGUCAGCCACAUACUAACGCUUUCAUGGACUCUGCCUUUCUUCCCCUGCCAUAAUAAUAACAGAGGACCCCCCCCAAUGAAUCCUUUCUCUUUUAUAUUGUCUCUAUCAGGCGUACUGUGUCAGAGAUGGAAGAGUAUAACACAGGGAAAGCAGGAGGCAUCGCAAUCAAAGUUCAGCACAAGUAACAUCAAGGCGUGGGAAUGUUGGUGCUAUGGUUUGCACAUAAAAUGUCCAUAAAAGGUUCAUGUGUUAGAGGUCUGCUCUCCAGCCUGUGCUGCAUUGGAAAGCGGUGGAACCUUUAGGAAGCAGGGCCUAGUGAAAGGAAUUGGGUCACUGGGGGAAUGUUCUGCAAGGGUACAUUUAGAACCCAGUCCCUUCUUCACCUCUUGCUUUCAUAUUCCCAUGAAGUAAGGAGGUUUUCUACACUAUUUAUUCUCUUGUACGUCUUGUUUCACCACAGGCACCAAACCAACAAAGCCAACUGGGUACAAACUAAAAUCUCUGAAGCCAGGAGGGAUAAUAAUCCCUUUAUGUUAUUAAGUUGCCUAUCACAGGUUAUAGUGAAAGGAAGCUGUGUGAUACAGGUGACCAUGGCAUAAAUGUCAUUUUAGCAAAGCGAGAGUUUUCUUCACUACAUUUUGACUGCUGAAUUAGUUCUAUUCACAACAAAGAGACAAGUGAACGGAGGCUGGCUGCUUGAGACAGAGUUACAGACUGAGGCGAGGGAGGAGGAUGCGGUAAAG